AUGUGCUUUUCAUUCUUUCCUACACUCGUAAAUGAUUAUAUUUUCGUCAAUAAUGAUACAUCGAAAUGGAUUAAUUUAAAAGGUCAAAAGAUUAUUGUUGAUGGCUAUUCAUUCUUCUAUUAUAUGUAUUAUGAAGCUCAAAUUGAAGAUCAAGAUAAAUGUAUGGUCGAACGAAAAACAAUCAGUCAAUUUUCGUACGAUGGUUUAUGGGAAAAGUUUCAAGAUCGUUUAAAACGAUUGAAAGAACAUUGUGAAGAAGUUCUUGUUGUUCUUGAUGGUGUUUUUCAUCGACAUGAACGUCGUAGAUCUGAACCUGAACGAGAAAGUAGUGUGAAAUUCAAUCAUAGUUCCAAUGGAAUUCCAACUCUUCUUCGUGAAGAACUUCGUUCAGUAUUGAAAAGUUUAGAUAUCGACGUUUUUGUUGCACCUGGUGAAGCAGAUCCAAUGAUUGUUCGUAUGGCACGAGAACAUCAUGCGUAUAUACUUGCUCGUGAUUCGGAUUAUCAUCUUUAUGAACUUCCAACAGGUUAUAUUCCACUUCCAACUUUGGAUUUCUCAACACUUCAAGGAAAAUAUUAUCAAAUGAAAGAUGUUUUUCAAAAAUUAACUCAACGAUGUGUUGCUUUAUGGGCAACAACCAUUGCUUAUGAUUUUAUCAGUCUUGAUGACCUUGAAAAAUAUUUCUCAAUCAACAACGAUCUGCCUGAUGCGAAAAAAUUUCGUCGUUGGCUAGAUGAUUCACAGUCAGAUGACGAAAAACGUCAACGAUUGACUUGUCAAUUCGGUUUACUUCGAUAUAUUCAAGAUGUCGAUGAAAGUGUAGCAUUUAAAAAAAUCAUUUCAUUGGUUUUACCGCAAGAUCAACUGGAAUUUGAACAAAUUAUGAAAAGUUACACAGAAUCGCCACCACCAACACCAUUGGUAACAUACAAUUCCAAUGAAUUUCCUCAAUUUUUAGAAGAACUUUAUAUAAAUGGUCAACUCGACUAUGCCAUUGUUCGUAUUCUUUCUCAUCGAGAAAUUCUUCGUGGUUGGCGAGGAAAUCAUUCAACACAUUUAAAUUUACUCAUACCAAUGUGUUAUAUGCUCCUCAAAUGGGAUAAUUCAUUCCUCAAAGAUCAUAAUAUUCAUUCGUGGAUUGUUACCUUUCAUGGCAAAACUUAUAAUCUAUUAGAAUAUAUUCAAAAUGAUGAUCUUGUUUCAUUAGAUGAUUUUAUUUGUUAUGAAGAAAAAAAAAGAAGAACUUUUUUACUCAGUUGUGUCGAUUUUGCUCUUGGAUCAUCUCUCAAUUGGCAUAAAGUUCAUCGCGAUUAUAAAAUUUGGUGUUCACUUAUCAAACUUUGGCUGAAAACACAAACAACGAAAUCCAAUAUAUUAGAAGCCACUCUUAUUGCAUUGAUUGUCUCUUUUCUCAAAUAUUCACUUUUGGAUACGUAUGAUGAAACAAAAGAUCGAUUGGAAAUCGAUGCAACAUCACUCGAUAAGCCAUAUCAGCAAUAUUCAUAUUCAAAACUAAAAAAUCAUUUUUCACGAGAAAAAUGUUUUGAAUUACGAAAGAAGAUUCGAAAAUACGCAAAUGUUUAUGUUCCAAAUGAAAUAAUUGACAAAGAAUUGAAUGAAUGUGAACAAUUCUACAAAGAAUUAUCAAUUAUCAAUCAAUUUUCGAAACAACCAUUCGACAUGCCACCACCACAUUCGUGUUUUAAUAUUUCAACAACACGUCUCGCUGUUCGGUUGAGUCAAUCGAAAAAGAUUUGGAAAGAUGUUAAAAGUUUCUGCUCAGAUAAAGAUCCAUUUUUAUUCGAUUUUAUAGAAGAAUUGUAUAAAUUUGUUUCUGUAGGAAGUAUUUUGACUUUCGAAUAA